CACGUCAUGUUCACGUCACCGUCUCAAAAACGUGCAAAGUUGCUGAUUUGUUUUUGUCAGUUUUUACCGAGAAAAGUCUCGUGAAAAUCUAAAAAUGUGCUCUGUAGAACAAAAACCUGUUUUCAGGGACCUAUCAGCCGAUGAUCCCGACCCUGAGGUCACAGAAAUAGAAUCCCUGUGCAUGAAUUGUCACGCCAAUGGUAUUACCCGCCUGCUGCUUACCCGCAUACCAUACUACAAGAAUGUGGUCAUCAUGUCAUUCUCGUGUGAAGAGUGCGGCUAUGAGAACAAUGAGAUACAGCCUGGAGGAGCUUUCGCGGAGAUGGGAAUCAGAUGGAAGUUGCGAGUGGAGCACCCUAGUGACCUGAGCCGGCAGUUGGUGAAAAGUGACUACACCAGCAUCAGGAUUCCCGAGAUAGACUUGGAGAUACCGGCUCAGAGCCAGAAAGGAGAAGUGACAACGGUCGAAGGCGUCCUCAGUCGAGUGAUGACCGGCCUUGUACAGGACCAGGACGCCCGGAAAGAACAGCAUCCGGAAACUGCAGCGCAGAUCGAACUGUUCCUGGAGCGGCUGCAUAAGCUGAGGGAUUUGGAGGAGAGCUGGCAACUGUUGCUUGAGGAUAUCAGUGGCAACUGUUUCGUGGAGAACCCCGCAGCCCCUGGCAGGGACCCCAGAUGCGAGAGGACCGACUUCAAGCGGACCAGGGACGAAGACCACAUACUUGGGAUAUUCACCAGAGAUGAAGUGUCAGAAAAUCGGUUGUUGACGCCCGCCGACCCACAGACUGGGUGUUAUGAACAGUUAGAGAAGGACGAGGUGCUCAGCUUCGCCACCAAUUGUCCGUACUGCAACGCCCCGGCCGAGACUAACAUGAAGCUUACCAACAUUCCCCAUUUCAAAGAGGUGGUUAUAAUGGCCACCACUUGCGACGCGUGUGGACAUCGCACGAAUGAAGUGAAGUCGGGGGGAGGCGUGGAGGAGAAAGGGGUGAAAUUCGAGGUCAAAAUCGCGAGCAGAGACGACUUCUCCCGGGAUAUACUCAAGUCGGAAACGUGCAGCAUGUCAAUAGCAGAGCUGGAGCUGGAGACGGGCGGGCGCGCGCUGGGCGGCAGGUUCACGACGGCGGAGGGGCUGCUGCGGGCCACGGCCGACCAGCUGCGGGCUGCGGGCGACGCGCCGGGGCUCGCCAGCGAACGACUGCAACUAUUCAUAGAGAAGCUCCAAGAAGUGUUGGACGGUAACCGUGCAGUGACCAUAGUGUUGGACGACCCCGCUGGUAACUCGUAUGUUCAGAGCUUGGCCGACGACCCGACCACACCAGACGAAGGUGUUAAGAUAACGAGAUACGAGCGCUCACACGAACAGAACGAGGAGCUAGGACUCAAUGAUAUGAAGACUGAAGGAUACGAGGAAAGCUAGCGGGCGUCAUUACGUUUUAAUGUAUUUUAACCCAAGCAGAGAAUAAAUAUAUUUGUUUAUU